AUGAUAGCUCUUUUCAUAUCUUUUAUUCACUGUUUUAACGCUACUUGGUGCGAACCAAGUAAGUGGAAAUUCUCUCCUAUCCCAAAUGCCGACUUGUUGCAGAUUCAAAUCCUAACAAGACACGGUGCAAGAACUCCACUCCACGGCUACAACCAGAACGGAACAAUUUGGAAAUGCGAAAACACUGAAUAUAGAUAUUAUUCGAUUCCAGAGCAGUCUCCUUUGAAAGUACAUGUUGCAUACGGAAAAUCAAUUUUUGGUGGCGAAUGUCACUUCGGACAACUCACUGAAGUUGGUCAUUCUGCACUAAAGAACCUCGGUAGAUAUAUCAGAAAUGUUUAUAUCAGAGAUUUGAAGUUUUUACCAGAGAGAUACGAUAAUAAUACUUAUUUUAUCAGAUCUACAGGAACUCAUAGAACAAUACAUUCGGCAAUGGCCUUAGCACAAGGACUGUAUCCUGAUCAUAGCGAAAUUACUCUUCAUGUUGCUGAUAAAUCAUUAGAUCCAUUUCGAAGAGCUUCGGCUGUUUGUCCAAACCUUAAAAAGAAUAUAGAUGCCAUGAAAGAAGACCCUGCUGUUAAUAGUUUGUUCCCUCAAAACGAAACAGCUGUUAAAAAUGCAGCAAAAAUUUUUAAUAUCAAAAGUAAAGUUGUACCUGAUAUAGUUAUGGCUACAAGAUGCAAUGGAAGACCAUUACCAGCCGAAGUUGAUAUAGACGCCCUCGAUGAAAACGCAAUUGCAAAGGCAAAAAGACAAAUUUACAUUUUUACAAGCGAAAAAGUUUAUUCUUUAAUAUUUUCGUUCCCAUUUGCAGAGAUUACGAACCAGUUCAUCAAGAGAGCUGAUGGAAUGUCUUCUAUAAGGCUAUUUCAUUGGAGUGGCCAUAAUGGAAACAUUUUCGGCCUCUUGGCAUACUUAAAUGAGGACAUAGAGGUUGGUCCAGCAUAUGGUUCUUAUGUUCUCAUGGAAUUAUGGAAGAAACAAGAUGGAGAACACAUUGUUAGAUUUAUUUAUAACGGAAAGCUUUUGAAGCCUCCGAGAUUUGGUUCAAGAACUGAGAUACCUCUGAAAGAUAUGGCAGAGUUCACUAAAAAGACAAUGCCCGACUUGAAGAAAGAUUGUGGUUUUAAUAUCCAAAAAUUCAUGAAAUCUAUGGAUAUUAGACCAGAAAACCAGUAA